UUCAAGGCUGUUUUCUUUUGGGAUUUGCUGUCUCAGGGGGGAGAUAAUAUUUGUUAGAGUUGUCAGCACCGUCCUCAUGGUGGAUCUGUUCGUUGAUCAGGUCCUGGUGAAGAACAACAAGGACCAAGAUGAGCUGGACACAGAACGUGAGAUUGUCCUGCGUUUGCAGAACCGCAUCCUCAUGCUCUUCUUUGCAUCAGCCAUAUGUGAGAGCUGCCGGCGGUUUGCUCCCACACUCUGUGACUUCUUUAAACAGCUGACAGAUGAGUUUUAUGUGGACCGUGCUGCUCAGCUCGUUCUCCUGUACAUCAGUUUGGACCAGUCAGAGGAACAGCAAGAAAGCUUCCUCAAAGAGCUGCCUAAGAAGUGCCUGUUCCUGGCCUUUGAGGACCCCUACAGGAGGGAGCUGGAGGCCAUUUUUAAUGUGGAGGAGCUGCCCACAGUGGUGGUGCUGCGUCCUGACUGCUCCGUCGUCAUCCCUAAUGCAGUGGAGGAGAUACUCCGCCUAGGCCCAAGCUGCUACUACAACUGGCGGGAAGCAGCAGAGCUCAUCGACAGGAACUUCAUGAUCCAUGAGGACUUUGAGGAGAAGUCCAUGUGUAGCUUCACGGACCCUGUGAGAAGACUCAAAUACAAGUUGGAAGAUGGGAGGAAGAAAAAGAAGAAGAAGAAAAGUCACAGAGGGAGUGGUGGAGGUGGAGAUGAAGGUUUGGAAGCAGAUAGAAAAGGAGUAGGAGGAGCAGGGUCGCCAUGGUGAUGGAGACGAUUAGUAAUUAAAAGUUUCUGCUGGCGCUGCCAGUGUAACACUGCUUUCUUUAGCUAAACAAAAACCCUUUUCAGAAAAUACUGAUAUUUGUCAUAAUAUUCAUGAAGCCGAAAUGUCAAAUGAAUGCUAUUGCUACUGGCUUUGCUCUUCUAUAUCAGUUUUAAGC